UACACUGAAAGAAGAAGCACAUAAUUGGCAAGAGGCUGUCAUCUCCAAAUUGUGACAACUCUUGACUUAAAUAAUUAUUUGGAAUUCAUGAAAAUGUGGAAGGGAAAAGGACAACCUGGUCAUUUAUUACCAAGUAAACUGUCUAACUCAGCAGCAACAGAAUCAAUGCUGUUCUAUCCAAGGAAUACAGCUGACUUCAUUGUAAACAAUGCUGAUCCAUGAUGCUGAUCACUCAUGAUACUUCAAAUGCAGUUACUGCCAUCUUGUGGAGCUACUGCAAACUACAUCUGGAGGUUGCCUGCGGCCACAGUUGCUAGUUGCUAAGUUUGGACAGAGCGUUUUUUUUUUAAAUUUGCGUUUGUACACCAUGCACUAGGCGACUAUUGGACACAUGAUAAGCUCAUGAUAUGGACAAAAUUACUGCGACACCUCAAUCAAUGAUUUCAUCAGUUUUGGAUAAGCAAUGGCCUUGUGUCUCAACACUUGUGUGCAUAUUGUGUAGAUAAGAUGAUCAAAUCAAGAUUUUGAUGCAAAAAAAUAUGUUAUGCAAAGGACUCUUUUUCGUUACCGUUAAUUGACUUGUAGUUUCUCUUGGCAUCUCUGCAACCACAGUUUGGAUGCAUGAAAGGCUUCAGUGGGUUUCGGAACAGACGCUUUCUCUCAUUCUGGACUUGGUACCUCUUCCAUCCAGUGCAGUAAGACCUGAUGAGGACACAUACACAACAUUGUACUCAAGUGUUUGGUAGAACUCAUGAUGUGGUCAGCAUUGAAUGAAAUGAGUAAACGAUACUUGAUAUGAUAAACAACUGGUGGCAUAGCCAUCGUGUUUUCUUGGUAGAUUAACUAUUGGUAAUGAGUGAUGGGAGAAAUUUUUUUUUUUUAAAUAAGUGAGUGUAUUACCUGUUGUAGGUCUUGUAAAUUCUAUAUCAACCUCAUUAUGUAUUACUAAUCGACAAUUAGGCAAAACAAUCUUGCAGUGGGGGUCUUUCUGCAACGGUCUCUGAGGCUCCUCUGGGUGGGAGAGGAUCCUCUACUGGGCCGGAAAAGAGAACCAAGCCUCCCUGGGUGGACUCUUCUUGUUCUUGUUUACUGUUCGUUCUGUAAAGCUCUACUAAAUCCUUACAAGUAGAAACCAGUUCUGGUUGUAAACUCUCCACGGACGAAAAAAGUAAACAAAAAUAUGUGUCAAUAAUCACAAGGUGAGAAAUAUAAACUAUUAAAGCAUUCGAGAAUUUAUGAAAAUAAAGUAGAAGAGAACACGUCACAGCCCAAAAGCUACUUUGAUACUUCCGCCUUCCGCCGCUGACGUCACGACAACAGUGGGGCGGAGCUAGUGACAUCAAGGAAACGUUACCAACUAGUAGUCAUUACAAAGCUAAAGUGUCGCCUGUGUGACUCCGCAACUUGAGUAUUCUUGUAAUUUUUCACUUUCGUUUUUUUGGCACGAUUUCAGAUACGGGAUCGGUUCUUGUGCGCGGAGCAGCUAGCCCCAUUUUUUUCAGUUAAGCAGGCGGAAUACGACAGCGGAAGAACUUGGUCACACAGUGCGGUUAGUUAGCUAAAACAGUUAGCUUGACAAGUAGCUGUGUCAGAGGCGUUAGCUCAGCUGUCAUGUCGAUAGUUCCUUUGGAUUUUCACUACCUAAAGGAGAAUAUUUAACAGAUUGCCGUCCAGGAGUACUUUAAACUCUUGGGAUUGAAACAAUCAAACAUCGAUCUCAGCUUUAGCCGGCUGAAGCUCCCUGUCACUCUCUCUCUCUCCCUUUCUCACACACAUACACACAUUUAAGUAGAAGAUGAGAGGUCGUAUGUCUUAACUAUCUACGGUAUGGUUGCGGAGCUGUAGCCAACCUUUACAUUAAAUUCCAUUCUCUAUUCGCCAAAAAAGAAGAUAUCUACCAAGAUUGCUGCAAUGCUGACAGAUAACAGGAAGCGGCAUCGAAGCAGUGACAGUGAGGAGACUCAACAGCUGAGUCCUCAGGCCAAGAGGUCAGGCGGGGCUCCCUGCCUGCUUGUGUCAGAUUUGGACUCGGAGUCUUCAAGCAGUGACAGCAGUAAUGGGAUCUGCAGCACAGAGAGCACACUAGUGGCCACCAGCAGGCCAUGCAUACACAGCCAGAACAACCGCAUCCCCCAGUACUCCCCCAGCACGAAGCCCAAGGACUCUGCUGUCUCCGUGCAGCACGGUUUCCAUGGCGACGGCAGCACUUUCUCCUACAACUCCAUCAACAGAGUCCUGAGGGAGGCGCACUUCAGCAGUCUACAGACCAGAGGCCGUCCAGGCUCGACAUGACCACUAUCUGUGACCCCCUUUCCUGUGGCCCUCGCCGGGCCAGCCACCCUCACGUUCAACCAGGCGGGGGUGUCGUAACAUGGGGUAGUUUACAGAUUACUGGCUGUAAGACUCAUCCCCACUCCGCCAUAUAUACCAUUUGUGAAGACCAUAAGCACAUUUGCCUUUUCAUGGCCCAGCCACUGUGGUUAUACUGUGCAGUAUUGAUAUGCGUGUGUGCACGCGCCCUGUGCACUUUAUAAAGAGGUAUCAUUCUCUUGACAUGCGUGCGUUGAUGUGUGGACAUGUUCAUUGGUGCUAAUCACGAGAGAAGUGUGAUCGAAAGUGCUUGCAAAAGUAAAUAAAGUCAUGCACUUUACUCAAAAACCUGUGCUAUUUUUUUUAACCUCACAUUUAUGCCCAUGUUUACCAUUUAAAUAUACCUCCUGUAUUUGUAGCCUUAGUUAACAUUGGAUUUUAUUUUGCCUUUAUGACAUUUGUAUCACAUUUUUGAAUGGUGGGUGUGAUCCUGAAGCCGAGCCGUGCAUGCUUUCCAUAUUAAUAUCUUAACACAUGUAAAUCAGCACUUGCUAACCUAUUUCCUGAAGGUUUCUGCUUGCUGUAGAUGUCGCUUCUCUUAGCAACCAAAAUGUGGUAAAUUGUACCUAUAACCUAACUAAUGAGUAGCAGGUUGAUCCUGCUUUGAGAACUUCCACGUUUGACUAAGAAGUAGGCAAGAAAUCCAUAUCUAAGCAUGGAAUUUUAGGAAGACUGUUAAUCUGCUUUUAUUUGUUUACAUGACGGAUCUCCAUUGUUGC